AUGGACUCUCCCCCUAUCACUCGCGUCGUCACAGGCCACCGCCUAGACGGCCCGGCAACUGUCACCCGCCUGGACGCCCCCCUACCACAGCCAGCCGGUUUCGGCAUCAACAUCGCCAGGCUCUGGUCAACAGCAGAGCAUCCAGCCAGCAUCAAUUCAGACAAUGACAAAGCCCUGCACAACUGGGGCCUAUCUCCCCCAGGGACAAUCUUCAACGCCGUCGAUUUCCCUCCGCGGACCAAGACGCCUCUGCACCGCAGCCUGACCGUCGACUAUCUGUUUCUGCACCGGGGCACGCUGGUGCUUCACCUCGAUGAUGGGUCCAGGUCAACUCUGAAGGAGGGCGACGUUGCUGUGGUCCAGGCAGGGAUGCACAGUUGGGAGAACCCGACCGAUGAGACGGCGCGGGCGGUGUCGGUCAUGGUGGCGGCCGAGGCGCCUAUUGUUGCAGGCAAGACGCUUGAGGCGGAGGUUUCGGAUGCGAAUCCUUGA